AGCCGCCGCGCCGUAUUUUAUGUACGGCCCCGGCGUUCAUCUAUUAAGCCUUAGUGGCCGGGAAUCGGUUGCCGGUAAUAAUGCGGUCAAUACAAGUGCCCUGUUUUGCGAUGCAAACCGUGCGGGAGAUAAGGAUUAUUGCAAUAAUAGUAAUAAUGUUAAUUCAGAUACCGUAGUGUCUGACCAAACGUUUAGAGUACUGCCGGCUAUUAUAAUGUUAGCCAUAUGUAGUUUUUGUAAUGGUAUUGGUUUUGUGGCGUUCACUACAAUUGGUUAUAUAUUUGUUGAUGAUUCUGUCAAAAAGAAAAAUGCGCCCAUUUAUUUAGGUCUAACGGGAGCCAUACGUCUGUGCGGACCGACAUUUGCAUACGUGCUUUCAUCCUAUUGUUUGAGAUUUUAUGAAAACCCAUUUUUUGAGCCGGGCAUUGGGCCAAACGACCCGAGAUGGAUCGGUGCAUGGUGGAUUGGAUUUAUUAUCAUUGGCACAAUAAUCAUAUUAUUCUCGAUACCCAUGUUCAUGUUUCCAAGAAGUUUCCUAAUUAGCAAAAGAAUAGAAAGUCAACAAAAACAGAAUACAGACAACAUGGUCACAACAAUUAAUGCCAAGAAAACAAACAAAUUAAGUAUUUGGGGUCGAAUAUUAAGGUUGCUAAAAAAUCCCAUAUAUGUUUGUUAUACAUUGGGCAGUACAUUGCGACUGUUUUCACUGGCCGGAUACGGAACGUUCAACGCUAGAUAUAUUGAGUCCCAAUAUCACACGUCCGCCUCCACUGCUAAUCUAUUUUCGGGCGUGCUUGGUGUAAUUCCGAUGUCAACGGGCUAUUUACUAGGUGGUUUAAUAGUGCGCAAAUUUCUUCCCGGCCCUCGACUUUUAAUCACGUUUAUAACAGCCGUUGAAUUAUUAUCAGCGAUGGGUAUUAUAUCGGGAAUAUUUCUCGAGUGCCCUCAAUCACAGUUUGCAGGCACUUCACUUUCAAACACAGAUUUUCAGUUUCAAUCCAAGUGUAACGAUAAUUGUUUUUGCGAACAUGCUAAAUAUCAGCCCAUUUGCGGUCCUGACAACCAAACCAAUUACUUUUCUCCCUGUAUUGCCGGUUGUCGUACAAGUGAUACAACAAAUACUACACAUACUAAAUAUACGGAUUGUAACUGUUUUGAUGGAUCGGCAACUGAUGGCUAUUGUACUACUGAUUGUGGAAACAAUUUGUUUAUUUAUGUAUUAAUGUUAGGAAUAGGGAGCAUAAUUUGUUAUUUAGCAAAAGUUGGUAGCAACAUUGUUUGUAUGAGAAUAGUGGACAAAGAAGACAAGAGUUUUGCCAUCGCAAUGAUUCCCUAUCCUAUCAUAUAUGGCUCAGUGGUUGACGGGUCGUGUCUAAUAUGGGAGUCCCGGUGCGGACAGAGAGGCAACUGUUGGGUAUACGACACACACAAACUGCAACGUAAUCUACAUUUACUAACACUCGCGCCGUAUUUGACGGUAAACAUGACCAAGAUGACCAAAUGGACACCAGUUGUGGGCUUGGUUCAUGGAAGCCCGGGUAUUGUGCAGAAUAUGUCCGCCACUUAUUUAAUAGCAGUGUUAACAUCACUGGAAAAGCGAUUCGCGUUUGACUCCAAGAUAUCCGGAAUCAUAUUAAUUGCUGACAAUGUUAUGGAAAUGAUUCUUAGUCCAAUUGUUGGCUAUUUGGGCAACCGGUUCAGUAGACCCCGUAUGAUAGCACUGAGCGAAUUAGUAUUAAUAUUAUCAUGUGUGGUCAACGCGUCGCCAUACUUUUUCUACGGCCCGGGAACACACCUACUAUACGAAAACAGUGUGACCAGCAAAAUGUUUACGAAUACCACCCGAUACGAGGUGUGCGCCGAGUCACGGGACUCAGUCGAUUGCUCAGCCAGUGGUGGUCACUCUACCGUAUGGUUGGCAGUAUUUAUAUUGAUACUAGGUAGCGCAUUAAGGGGCAUUGGAUAUAGCGCGUUUUGGUGUUUUGGCGUGCCCUUUAUUGAUGAUAGUGUUAGCAAGGAGAAUUCGCCAAUAUAUAUGAGCUUUUUGGUCAUCCUGCGAAUGUUUGGACCCGCCGGUGUUGAUCCUGGUGUUACGCGCACUGAUCCAAGAUUUAUUGGCGCAUGGUGGAUCGGAUUUCUAGCCAUCGGAUUCAUAUUAUUUUUCAUAAACAUGCCCAUGUUCCUGUUUCCAGCUCAAUUAAAAGGAACCACGCUUAAAGAAAUAACUAGCAAGGAUAAAAGUGGUCGAGGCAUAUGGGUAUGCGCAAAACGUCUGGCUACAAAUCCACUGUUCAUGUUUAACAUGAUAGGCAACGGUUUGCGAUACAGCGGGUUUGCCGGUUACGGUAUCACCAAGCCCAAAUACAUGGAGUCCCAAUACCGGGUGUCUGGCAGUAAGGCCACGCUGCUGACCGGUGUGGCUGGCAUGGUGCCCGACGCUAUUGGUAUAUUAGUUGGCGGUGUAGUGAUCAAAUACUUUAAGCCCAAACCACUCACCCUGAUCGUUUACAUGUUUGCCAUUGAAUGGGUGGGCAAUGGCGGUAUGCUGGCCUCCAUGUUUACUAUGAAUGCCGAGUGUAAUGCUGGCUGCGAUUGCUCUACGAGUAUAUUUACCCCUAUCUGUUCAGCCGAUAGGAUGACCACAUAUUUCUCACCAUGUUAUGCAGGCUGCAAAAAUAUAGAUAGAACUACUGGGAUCAUACCAGGCAUGAUCAGCGCAACAGCCAGGACUGUUUACAUACCCUAUCCAAUUGUAUUUGGUGCGAUCGCCGACUCAGCCUGUCUGGUAUAUGAGAGUACGUGUGGUAAGACUGGUAACUGUUGGCUGUAUGACCAGGAUCGUUUCAGAUAUGUGCUGCACGGUUUUACAUUGACCUUAAUCAUAAUGGGCUCGCUGUUUGAUCUGGGUAUUAUUGCUAAAGCCAGCCGAAUUAAAAACUUUUAUGAUGAUGAUAGUGACGAUAACAAGGAUAAUACUGUUAAUAAUAAUGACCUUUGA